AUGGCGCUUCUCAAUUUCACUCUCAGCGAAGAGGGCGUCUCCGCAUUUCGCGACGCCCUCAUCUGCCUGAACAAGUUCAGUGACGACGUCUCCCUCGAGGCACGAAAGGACUCCUUUGUUCUUACCACUCUCAACACGUCCAAGUCUGCCUAUGCCAGCGUUAGGUUCGCUACAAACAAGUUCUUCUCCCGCUAUCAGUUUCAAGGCAGUGGCCAGUUUCGUGAUCGUUUCUACUGUACCCUAUACAUCCGAGCCCUCAUAUCUUUGUUCCGAAGCCGCACGGCGGCAGAUAACCAGAGAGAUGUCGAGAAGCAGACCCUCAUCGAGCGGUGCGACGUUGCCAUCGAGGAUGGCGAAGGAAUCCAGAGUCGGUUCAUCGCUCGAAUAAUCUUCCGCAAUGGAUUGACCUCUACGCACCGCCUGCCUUUCGAGGUUGCGGUUCCAGUUCACGCCAAGUUCAACCGGCAAGAUUCUCCACAUCAUUGGACGAUUUCAUCACGGACAUUGCGACAGCUGAUGGACCAUUUCGGCCCUGGCAUCGAGUUUCUCGACAUUAACACCGAUGGCGAUCAUGUGAAUUUUACUUGUUUCAGUGAGAAGACUGUCAGUGAGGAUGCUGUCCUGAAGAAACCCCUUCAAACAUCCAUCGCCGUGGAGGCUGAUGAGUUUGAUGAUAUCGAUGUGGAGGAUAAGCUUCAUAUCGUGAUCUCUGUCAAAGAUUUCCGGGCAAUCAUCCAGCAUGCGGGCAUUACUGGCAACGAUAUCUCGGCCCGGUAUUCGGUUCCCACUCGUCCUAUUCAGCUUGCUUACACGGGUGAUGCCAUCUCGUGCGAGUUCUUGAUCAUGACCGUCGGAGAGAGGGGCAGCAACCCAGGCCAAAAGACAAAGAAGGGCCGCAAGAAUGCUGCACAGACUAACGGCCCGCGCCUCGAAGCUACGUCUCGUAGAACGAGCGUGGCUCCCUCCGAAGCACCACAGGCGCAGCCUCAACCGCCUCUCCCUUCACGGCCACAGCAGAACCCGACUCCGCAACUCAGCGCUGCCAGAGCCAGCGCGUCACGCAUAGGAGCGUUUGACUUGCGCCCGUCGCAGAGGCCGCCGCCUCCCCCGACUAUGAGGUCGGAGAGUUUAUUCGUAGAGGACGAGGGCUGGGAACCUGUGAGGGACGAGGACGAAGAUGCCGAGGAGGAUGCGAGACUAGAGUGGGAUCAUAGUGUGGACCCGGUGAGUCCCUGCGAUUCUCUUCUGCACUUUGCUGAGAAGCUAACUCUUCUAGAACCCUUCUGCUAUGCAUAUGAGCCGAGUGGAGGACCGACAGACAGCAGAACCCGAGGGCGAGCGUCCAGAGCCAACGGAGGACCAGUCUCAGUUCUUGGAGCCUACACAGAGGUUGUCGGAUGUUAA